CUUUGCAUCACCUUGUUCCUCCUUGUUGCCGAUUUCUUAGCCGCCGACAUGAGACCUCCAAGAGGCGGUGGUAGCUUCAGGGGCCGGAGCGAUGGAGGUGGAGGGAGAGGCAGGGGGAGAGGUAUGGGAGGUCGAGGCGGUGGUGGUGAAGGCCGUGGGGGUGCAAGGGGCCGUGGCGGCGGACGAGGAGGUAGGGGAGGAAGAGGACGCGGGGGAGGCCGCGGUGGGGGGAUGAAGGGCGGGAGUAAGGUCGUCGUCCAGCCACACAGGCACGACGGAGUUUUCGUGGCUAAGGGGAAGGAAGACGCACUCUGCACGAAGAACAUGGUACCUGGUGAAUCUGUUUAUGGAGAGAAGCGAGUUUCUGUUCAGAAUGAAGAUGGGACUAAAGUUGAGUACAGGAUAUGGAAUCCUUUCCGAUCAAAACUUGCAGCUGCUAUACUUGGUGGCGUGGACAACAUUUGGAUUGCUCCUGGAACUCGUGUACUUUAUCUUGGUGCUGCAUCAGGGACCACGGUGUCUCAUGUUUCUGACAUUGUUGGACCUACAGGAGUUGUGUAUGCGGUGGAAUUUUCACAUAGAAGUGGUAGAGAUCUUGUAAACAUGGCGAAAAAGCAUACCAAUGUAAUUCCCAUAAUAGAGGAUGCUAGACAUCCGGCUAGAUAUAGGAUGUUAGUUGGCAUGGUUGAUGUUGUCUUUUCAGAUGUGGCUCAGCCUGAUCAGGCACGUAUCUUAGCUCUGAAUGCUUCUUAUUUCUUGAAGAACGGUGGACAUUUUGUAAUUUCAAUUAAGGCCAACUGCAUCGACUCCACGGUUCCUGCUGAGGCUGUUUUUGCCCAAGAAGUGAAGAAAUUGCAGGCUGAACAAUUCAAACCGUCUGAGCAAGUCACAUUGGAACCAUUUGAAAGAGAUCAUGCCUGUGUUGUCGGCAGCUACCGCAUGCCAAAGAAGCAGAAACUAGCCACUGAAAGCUGAGGAUUACUCUUGCAAUUGCUCCAAAUGAGUGCUAUCUAUCUCUUUGUACCUUAAUCAUGUUUGGUUUCUGUUCAAGCCUCAGCUUGUUCUCUUCUGGAUGCUGAGUAAACAUUUGGAUUGUAGUAGCUACUAUCUAGGAAGUAUUUGGAUGUUAAGUAUGGUUGAUGCCAUUAGAAUUUGAAGAUCAAUUGAAAAGUGGGGUCCAGAGUA